AUGGUUCGUUGGGUUCCUCCUCGUCCAGGUAAGAUUAAAUGUAAUUUCGAUGCAAGUUUUAGCCCGAGAUCAUCCAUGGGUGGGGGAGGAGCUAUAGGAGUGGUUCUUCAGGCGAUUGUGUUUUGCCUGUUCUAUGCUUCGUCGGCCAUGGCAACGGAGGCUAUAGCUUGUCAACGAGCUAUUUAUUGGACUUCAGUUUUGGGUUAUUCUUCUUUAUGGUUUGAAUCCGAUGCUAAGGUGGUUGUUGAAGCCGUGGGGGAUGUAGCGCAUUAUCCAUCUGAAAUUGUUUUUCUUUAUUUUGAUAUCAAGGCGAAUCUUCAGCUUUUUCGUUGGGCUUCCUUAAGUCAUGUGGGGCGUACAGGUAAUCAGGUGGCUCAUGCCUUUGGCGAUGCUUUCUCGUGCCUCAGUGGCGGCUGA